AUGGCAUCAGGUUCAGCAGAACAAAACAAAAUAAAAUAUAACAAAUGGGAACAAAAUGGAAUUAUUAUGGCGGGAGGAAAUGGACAAGGAAAUGAAUUAAAUCAACUCAAUUGUCCUGAAGGAAUCUUUAUUGAUCCUUACAACAAUGUUUUCAUUGCUGAUUCUAUGAAUCAUCGUAUUAUUGAAUGGAAAUGUCAUUCGAACAAAGGAAGAGUCGUCGCUGGAGGAAAUGGUCAAGGAAACAGAACUGAUCAAUUAUCUCGUCCAUCAGAUGUUCUUAUUGAUAAACAAAAUAAUUCUUUGAUCAUUUCUGAUCGAGACAACAGACGAGUAAUCCGAUGCUCUUAUCAAAAUGAAAUAAAACAACAAAUUCUCAUUUCUGAUAUCGAUUCUUUCGGUCUAUCAAUGGAUAAAAAUGGAUUUAUUUAUGUUUCUGAUUUGAAGAAUAAUGAAGUGAGACGAUGGAAAGAAGGAGAUGAAAGAGGAACAAUUGUUGCUGGAGGACAUGGAAAAGGAAAUGAUCUCAAUCAACUGAAUGGACCUACUUUUAUUUUUGUUGAUCAAGAUGAUUCUCUUUAUAUAUCAGAUUGGGGAAAUCAUCGUGUGAUGAAAUGGAGAAAAAAUGCUGAAGAAGGAAUUGUUGUUGCUGGUGGAAAUAAUUGGGGAACUAGUCUCAAACAAGUGUCUUUUCCACAAGGAGUAAUUGUGGAUCAUUUGGGUCAAAUCUAUGCAACAGAUGGAGGAAUUGAUCGAGUAAUGUGUUGGUGUGAAGGAAAUACAGAAGGUGAAAUUGUUGUCGGUGGAAAUGGAUGGGGAGAAGAAUUAAAUCAUUUGAAUGGUAUCAGUGCUUUAUCAUUUGAUGAUGAAGAGAAUCUUUAUGUUGCUGAUCAUCAUAAUCAUCGAAUAUUAAAAUAUGAAAAAUGUUUUAAUUGA